AUGUGUGCCAAAAAUUCUGGAAAUGAAACACUAGUUGUUUUCGCAAUGAAAAAUAACUUCGAACAUACACAGCAGCUAAAAAAUAUAGCACAAGGUGAUACAAACAGUCAAAUAAAUAAAGCUUUGCAGCUGGCUCAUCAAUCAAAUUACCGGAAGGCUUUAAAUCUACUCAAAACUUUACUGAAAAAACGAGAAGAAAUUUUAGGUGAGGACAAUCCUGGAACUUUCGACAUUCAGAGCUAUAUAACUGAUGUGUUGUUUGAGCAAGGAGCUUAUCCAGAAAAUUUAGAUAUACUUAAAAAAAUGCUCAAGAAACAAACUGCAAUACUAAGUUCAAAGCAUAACGACACUUUAACAACAAAAAAUUCCCUUGCUGCUGUAUUAGGUAGUUUAGGACAUUCGGAAGAGUCUUUGAAAGUUCAUCGGGAAGUUCUUCAGACUCGAAAAGACAUUUUAGAUUCAAACCAUCCUGAUAUUUUAUAUACCGAGUUUCAAAUGGCGUUACUAUUAAGCGAACGUGGAAGUCAUGAAGAAGCAUUAGUUAUUAAUCGCAAAAUGUAUGAAAACAGGCUGAGAACUUCAGGCCCAAAUGACCAACAUACUCUUCGUGCUCAAAAUAAUAUUGCUAUGGUUUUGAGAAAGCAAGGCAAGUAUGAUGAAGCACUAAGAAUGUAUGAAGAAGUGCUUGAAAGGAAGAAAAUCUGUUUCGGCUUCAAGCAUUUCGAAACAUUAAUAACAUUACGGGGAAUUGCUCUUGUCCUUCAAAACCAGGGAAAAGAACAAUUAGCUCUAGAGACUUUGCGCAAAAUAUUGGACAUACAAAAAACUGAUCUCGGUCCAAUUCACCCACAAACUUUGACUACGGAGCAUAAUAUAGCGAACCUCUUCUAUUCUCAGUAUAAAUACACCAGUGCAUUGGAAUCAUAUGAAAGAUUUCUUAAUCAGAAAAAAAUUGUUUUUGGAGAUUACCAUCCUCUUGUUCAAGAAUCUUUAGAUAAAAUAGAAUUCAUUAAGCAGAACUUUAAAAAUCGAUCAAAUUUCAAUAUUGAAACCUAUUUUCGCAAUCAGAAGGAGAUUAAUGUAGCGGCCAGCAACGGUGACACAAAAAAAGUUCAAUUUUUACUUGACAACGGAAGCAGUGCAAAUGUGAAAGAUAUUGAUGGCAAAACACCGUUACAUUUUGCUGUGAGCAAUGGACACGCAAGCGUUGUUGAAAUCUUACUGGAUAACGGUGCAGAUGUUAGCGAAGUUACUAAUGAAGGGAAUACACCUUUGCACUUAGCAGUUUCUGAAAAUCUUCACACAAUUGUUAACAUUUUGUUGCAAAACAUGAAUAAUCGCGAACGAAUUAAAUUCCUGAACAUGCAAACCUUUAAAGAAAGUAUGACAGCACUUCACAUAGCUGCCCGAAAUGGUAACCAAGCAAUAGCCAAGACGUUACUUGCACAUGGUGCUACUUAUAACGAUAAAAACUCUGAUGGGAAGACACCAUUAAAUCUUUCGGAAAAUGAAGAUGUAUCGAAGCUGUUAGAAUUACUUGAUGAAUUAUUUCAAGAUGCAGAAACUAAUAAUUUGGGGAUUUUCAGCAAACUAAAAGGCUUAGACGAUUUUGCAGUAAUGACAAAUGCUCGUAAUAGUCUUGAGAAUACAUUGUUGCAAGUUGCGAUUGUUAACAAAAGUAGAAACGUCUCUGAUAAAUUGUUGCAAAUGUUGCGAAAUGUAGAAUGA